CCUGGUGCAGGUGCCAGACAGGUGGCUCCGGCCGAGCCCAACCCCAGCAUGAGCUCCUUCGACCUCCAGGCACCGUCCCCAGCUCGCUGCAGCCCCCAGUUCCCCAGCAUCGGCCAGGAGCCCCCCGAGAUGAGCCUUUACCAUGAGAACUUCUUCUACCCACAGGGCGUGCCCAGCCCUCAGCGCCCCCCCUCCUUUGAAGGGGGUGGCGAGUACGGGGCCACCCCCAACCCCUACCUCUGGCUCAAUGGGCCGGCCAUGACUCCGCCGCCCUACCUGCCGGGCACCAACGCCAGCCCCUUCCUGCCCCAGGCCUACGGUGUGCAGAGGCAGCUGCUGCCCGGUAUGUCUGGGCUGGGGGGCGGCGACCUGGGCUGGCUGCCCAUCCCGUCGCAGGAGGAGCUGAUGAAGCUGGUGCGGCCCCCCUAUUCCUACUCGGCUCUCAUUGCCAUGGCCAUCCACGGGGCGCCCGACAAGCGCCUCACCCUCAGCCAGAUCUACCAGUACGUGGCCGACAACUUCCCCUUCUACAACAAGAGCAAGGCCGGCUGGCAGAACUCCAUCCGCCACAACCUGUCUCUCAAUGACUGCUUCAAGAAGGUGCCCCGUGAUGAGGACGACCCAGGCAAAGGGAAUUACUGGACCCUGGACCCCAACUGUGAAAAGAUGUUCGAUAAUGGAAAUUUCCGCAGGAAGAGGAAGAGAAAAUCGGAUGUUUCCUCCAGCACGGGAUCCCUGGCCUCCGAGAAGACAGAGAACAGCCUCCUGGCGGGCAGCCCCAAGACGGCAGAGGCCCAGGACAUCCUGGACAGUGCUUCACCAGGGACCACCGGCUCCCCAGAGAAGCCACCCUCCCCUCCCCCACCGGGCACCCCCUGCCUCAACAGCUUCCUCUCCACCAUGACCGCCUACGUGAGCGGGUCGAGCCCGGCGAGCCGCCCUGUGGCAACACCGGGACUGAGCCCUGAGCCCACGGACAAGAUGGGGCAGAACUUGCUGAACUUCAGCUCGUACACCCCACUCACCAACCUCAGCGGCCACGGGGGCGGGGGCGAGUGGGCCAACCCCAUGCCUGCCAAUGCUCUCGGCUACGGAGGCUCUGUCCUCAACCAGUUCAGUCCCCAUUUCUACAACAGCAUCAACACGAACAGUGUCCUCUAUCCCAGGGAGGGCACCGAGGUCUAGAACAGAGCAGCCCCUGAACCUGCUGGACACAUGGAGAAGAAAAGCAGUCGAGACCUCCCGUGCCAUCAUUGCUGUCCAAGACCUCUGACCUGCCCGGACAGACACAGAAAGCUCAGGAAUUCGGCCAUUUUCUAGAACACAGUGUGGACCUUCUGUUUAUCUCACGUACACACACACACACACACACACACACACACACACCCGCCAACUCUGGAGCCUGGUAACAGUAAUCACGGGACCAUCUGUGGAGUCUAUGUGCCACGUGCUGUCUUAGGCUCUUUAAAGGCGUAAUCACACUCAUAUUUACAGGCACCCUGUGAGGGUCCAGUGAACCUCUUUGUUGAGCAGAUGAGGAAACCGAGGCUCCAGGAAGUUAAGUACAUUUCCCAGGAUCUCACACACUAGUAAGUGGCAGCGCCGUGGCUGGAGUCCAGGUCUCUAUGGGCCCCGAAGUCUGGGCCGCAGAGGCAGGGAUGCGGCCAGUGGUGGAGCAGCUAGGGAAGGGCCGCGUGGAAGCGGCUUACGGCAAGCAGAGU